GUGCAGGAUUUGGAUCGGCAACUUAAAAGGGUCGCCGGAAAUCCAUCUUCUUGUCAAGCGGUGUUGCCCUACGUCGGCACGAGUUCCAACUGGUAAUUAAAAUCAUCCAGCCGUGACGUUAGUGAAGAAGAUGACAUACCAACUUCAUUCGUUUUGAGUUACACCAUCUUAGAAGCGUUGGUUGGAAUGGACGGCCACAAUGCUCGGAGGUUAACUUGGCCGUCAAUAUAAAGCGCAAGCGAUAGCAGUACUCAGCCCACUGCCAAUACAGAAACAAGAAGAACAUACUUUGUUGACAAUCAUGAGUGCCUCGACACUUUCUGUUGCUGCCCAAAGGUUGAAAGGCAAGGUAGCCAUUAUAACUGGCGCAGCAAGUGGGAUUGGACUCGGAGCUGCAAAACUGUUCAAUCGUCACGGUGCCAAUGUCAUCAUUGCCGAUAUCCAAGAUGAACUGGGCUUGCAAGUAUGCCGAGAACUGUCCUCUAACAAAGAUGGCUCCAUUGAGUACAUCCACUGUGAUGUUACUAGCGAGGAUGACAUUCGCCGCAUGGUGGACAGAGCCAUGAAUGAUCAUGGCAAGCUUGACAUCAUGUUUAGCAAUGCCGGCAUAGUUGACAUGUCAACAUCCAAAUUGCUACAGUUCGAGAAAUCCACAUUCGAGAGGAUCAUAAACGUCAAUCUGGUGGGAAUGUUCCUGGCUGCCAAACAUGCGGCAAGGGUCAUGAUUCCGGCAAAGCGCGGCAGCAUACUUUUCACGGCGAGCACGGCUUCCUUGAUGGGAGGCGUUUGUGACCACGCCUACUGCUCAUCAAAGCAUGCUGUGGCUGGGUUAACCAAGAGCAUGGCAGCAGAGCUCGGUGCAUUUGGGAUCAGAGUCAAUUGCAUAUCACCAUGGGCAGUAAGAACACCUCAGUUGAGGCGCUAUUCUGGCUUGGACGAUGAGCAAUUGGAAGCAUGGUUUGGCAGAUUUUCAAACCUGAAAGGGUUGACACUUGAAGCAGAGGAUAUAGCAGAGGCAGCCCUGUAUCUUGCUAGUGAUGAAUCCAAGUAUGUCAGUGGACACAACCUUGCUGUGGAUGGUGGAUGUAGCGUGAUGGACUCUGGACUUAACAUGUUUAGAGAACCUUUACUGAGUCCUGAAAGCAAGUUUCCAGAGCACAGUUGAAAAUUGAACCAUGCAUGUUUCAGUGUGACUUCACACAAUAAUUCUAAGUUUGGUUUUGUCGUUCGGCAACUUAAUUUACCGGUCAAAUAAUACAUGAAAAAUCUCUGUCUGGACAUUUAUGUCUGUAUACUAUCAGACCUGCUAGUUGCACAUUAGUGGCAAUUAGAGCUACAGUAGCAUAAUGAAAGAGGUACAAUACUCUUUCUUUCUCCCUCCCCCCCCCCUGUGUUUCUUUCCCUCGUUCGUUUCUUUUUGAAGCUGUCAUAUGGGUGUUCUGGUUAACUGUGGUUGGAACUGUAAUUGAUGGUUAU